UCUUGCUGUGUGACUGUGAUGAUGAUAUUAUUAUUAUUGUGUCAAAUAGCAAGAAACAAUGUUUGCAAUAUAAAUGAAUAUUGUAAAAUGUGAUAUUGUUAUUGCGUGAUUUGGUUUAAAAGUUUAAGAUCCAAAAGUGUUCGUCAUUUAGAUACGGAGUAUAUAAUGUGUUACAAUGGCUUCGGUAAAAGUCGCUGUAAGGGUUCGCCCGUUCAAUCAAAGAGAGAAAGACAUGAAUGCAAAGUUAAUAGUACAAAUGGAUGGGAAAAAGACAAGAUUGAUGACGGUAAAAAGUAGCAAAGAUCAGAACGAUGCCAACCGGGAGAAAUACAAAGACUUCACAUUUGACCACUCCUACUGGUCGUAUGACAGCGCCGACAACAACUUUGCGACACAGGAACAGGUAUUCUCAGACCUAGGUUUGGACGUUAUUGACAGCGCAUUCGAGGGAUACAAUGCCUGCGUGUUUGCGUACGGACAGACGGGCAGCGGGAAGACAUUUACCAUGAUGGGAUCACCGGACUCGCAAGGCCUAAUACCUCGAAUAUGCAGGCAACUAUUCUCUCGAGUCGCAGCAGGCAAGGAAUCCGGUGCAUCGUAUCGUACAGAAGUCAGCUACCUCGAAAUCUAUAAUGAACGGGUAAAGGAUCUGCUAUCGACUGAUGCAGGGCACUCUUUGAGGGUACGGGAGCAUCCAAAAUUGGGACCAUAUGUACAGGAUCUGUCCAAGCACUUGGUGUCUGAUUAUGAUGAUAUACAGGAAUGCAUGCACAGAGGCAACUUACAGCGCACCACGGCGUCUACGCAGAUGAAUGACGUGUCGUCUCGUUCGCACGCAAUAUUUACGAUCACGUUCGUACAAGCGAGCUACCUUCGUCACAAUAAUAUGCCCAGCGAGACAGUUUCUAAAGUGCAUCUUGUAGAUUUAGCGGGAAGUGAGAGGGCGGAUGCCACAGGUGCGACUGGCCAACGGUUGGUCGAAGGUGCCCACAUUAACAAAUCCCUCGUCACGCUUGGCUCUGUCAUUUCUGCAUUAGCCGAGUCCAGCCAACCCGUCGAUAAUCGGACACCAAAGAAAAAGGUGUUCAUUCCAUACCGCGACUCCGUCCUUACUUGGUUACUUAAAGAUUCUUUAGGUGGAAAUUCUAAGACAAUAAUGAUUGCAGCUAUAUCGCCUGCUGAUUGUAACUACGGGGAGACACUGUCCACUCUUCGUUACGCUAAUAGAGCCAAGAACAUCAUCAAUAAACCGACAAUCAACGAGGAUCCGAAUGUCAAACUUAUCAGGGAACUCAGAGAGGAAAUUGAGAAACUGCGCGCGCAGAUAUCGCACAAUACGGUACCUGUAGAGACCGAAGCGGGAGUUUUAGCCACGCUCCAGCGGAAGGAGGCACAAGAGAAAGUAUUGACCGAGAAGUGGACGGAAAAAUGGCGAGAAACGCAACAAAUUCUGCACGAACAAAAGGCUUUGGGUCUACGGAAAAGCGGAUUGGGCGUGGUUUUGGAUUCGGAUAUGCCUCAUCUUGUUGGCAUUGAUGAUAAUCUCCUAUCUACUGGUGUUACCUUGUACCAUCUUAAGGAAGGAGAAACAGUAAUAGGAAGUGAAGAGUUCAGCCCAACUCCGGAUAUAGUGCUGAGUGGGGCGGGGGUGUUGCCAUUGCACUGUAAGGUGACACUCCACGAAGGUGUCGCCACAAUCGAGCCAGCGUCUGGUGCUCAGUGCUGGCUCAACACUGUGUUAUUGGAUAAACCGGCUAAGCUUAGCCAAGGUUGCAUCCUGCUCCUGGGUCGUACGAACAUGUUCCGCUACAACGACCCAGCAGAAGCAGCAAAACUUCGCCAAGAGGGCAGCGCUUCUAUGAUGAAUCUCUCCAGGCUGUCUCUUCUUUCGUGGUCCACCACCGAUCUGGCAGCUAGUACUGAAAAUCUCAAUAAUACACUAUCUGACUUGGAAAGUGAGAUCCGCUGUGAGCGUAUAUCGGCCCAGCGAGCAGAGCUGGAAAGAGAGAGACAGCAAUUCGUGCUACAACAGCAGGAGAGACAGAGACGGUGGCAUGCCGAACGGGAGGAGCUGCUUAAAGCCCAAAAACAACUCGAUGAGGAACGUUCAGCAAUGGAGCGUGAAUAUGCAGCGGCGUGUAGGCGUUUAUCAGGUGAUUGGCGAGCGUUAGAACGCGGGUGGACGUUACGUAGACGUGCGUUGAGAUGUCGGCAGAGAGAGUUAAACGCGCGUGUUCAUAGACACGCCGCCGCAGGACGCGCUGCGCGUGCGCAGAUUGAAAAGGAGGAGGUAAUCAUCACGGAUCUGGAGGGGCGGCUGGGGGGGAAAAGGAGGGAAUUGGAAGACUUUGUAGCGAAACAUAUCAAGGAACUCGUCUCCCAAGGAUACAUGAUCGAUGAGAAUUUGUCCCCGAGCCCUGAGAGUCCAGCGUCAGAAACAUCGACGGAGUGUCUAAUGCAUCUCCUACAGCAAUGCGAACCGAAGACCGCUCAUAAUAUUAAAGAAACUGUUGAAAGACAUAAAAAAGAGUUAGAAACUCUGGAACAAGAGUUGCAAGGCAGAGUGGCGUCAGUGGCUGCUCAAAGGGUCAAAGUGGAGAGGCUUCAGGCUGAGUUGGCCUUGCUCGCGGCGAGGGAAAGAGGCAUCACUAGGGCUCUGGCUGAACAAGAAGACGGUGACAGCGACAUCUCUCCUUUGGAAGGAGUGAAGCGUUGUAAAUCUGAGCUGGUCUUGAGGACCAGAGAUGAUGAUCCUCCCGAACCGCUGUCGGCUGAUGAGAGGGAACACUACCGAGCGAGACGGCUUAGCCUCAGCCUAAGUCUGGACCCUCUCCCGUCAAUAACCUCCCCUGACACGUUCCACACGGCGAGUUCGUCUCCGAAAGCGAUUCCUUCGGAAUCUGACCUGCCGAGCCCCUCUACCACGGAAGCGUCGGCGCUCCCCAGCGAGACCGAGCCCCUACCACGAUUUCGUUUGGGGCACACGGCUGAUGAUAGCGACGACAUGUCCAGUACUGAGGAUUAUCAUAAGCCAAGCCGUAUAGUGGAAGGUCAGUCGUCAAGUUCUGUGGAACGUUCGCCUGAAGAGAGGCAUCAAAGGUCUAAAUAUAGGAGAAGAUUAGGAGAACGUCGCGGUCGUCAAGUGACUGAAGCAGAGGCGUUGCGCGCGAUGCAACGGCUUUGUUCGCGAAUAGCCUCGCAGAAGAUGCUCGUCAUCUCCUCGCUGGAGAACGAUUGUUCCAAGGAGGACCUCAAUGGUCAGAUACAGGUGUUACAAGAACUUCAAAAGAAAUACGUUCGUCUAGAGAUGGCGCUGCAAUAUUCGUUCUUCGACAACCAGCCGAACAAAAGGACUAUCAUGGUGACUCCGAUUCAAGAGACUCCAUCUCUUACGUUGAGUGAGAGCGACAUGCACAUAGCCACGGAAACGGACCAAGAAAAUAACAAUGCCUAUAUACAGGACCCGCUCUUGCAUAGGUUAAAAGAACAAGAGGCGAUAGAAGCGUCAGACAACGUGUCGACAUCGAACGAUGAGCUGAGUUCGGAGCAGGCCUGGCCUGACCCCCUUCGGGCCUUGGCCCCGGAUCAGACCGACGACGAAUGCGACAAUGACCGGGCGCCACUGGUUAUACCGGACUACACGCUGGAAGGUCUCAGCCAUCCAAUAGAUUUUUCGGAGGUAAUAUCCGUCCCGGGCUGGGUGACGCGCGGCGCAGGCGCAGGCACGCACCACGAGUACGAAGUGCGUAUACGCUUGGGCCCGAGGUGCGCUUGGCAGCUGCUCAGGCGAUAUCGCCGCUUCAGGGACCUCUAUCUCUUCACGCGGAAGCAGUACGGGGAGAAGGUAGCCGCGAUACCGUUUCCCGGAAGAGCCCUUUGGUCUUCGGAGGGCUUGGCCCGGUCUCGAAGACCGCAGUUGGAGAUGUUCCUCCGUCGGCUGUUAGCGGUCUGUGCCACCGAUCGCCGAUGUCCGUUACACGCGUCGCCGCUCACCCGGGACAACCUUGUCGCGUUUUCGCCUUUCUUUAGGAAGGGCGUGUUCGAAAGCGGUAAGUGCGGCACGGGAUGAUGCCGCGCGGAGCUCGUCACUCGCGCACUGCGCUCCGACCUGCGCAGACUCGCGCACGUCGCCCUCGCUGCGCUCAUCCUGCUCGCACGCUGCGCCGCUCUGGCGCUCUACUACCUCUAUCUCCGGCUCAGCCGCAGGUAGGGCCGAUUUCACUUAAGGGCCUUGUGAGGGACUUGACAUAGGGGUCUAAAUUAUCAUUUACUAAAGUUUAGCGGUAUCACUUUGUGACAUAUUUACUGUAAGAAAUUUUUACUUCUGUCAACUAUUUUGCAUUUUGUGAGAUUUGUACAGAGUUAUAAUAUGAUAAUUCGGCCUAAUCUUUGUGAUUCAAGAAACUGCCUAACGUAUACGUAAUGCAUGAUUAUUUAAAAGUUACUAAUAUGUCUCUUUUCUAACAAUUAUAAAAUAAUUAAUAUACCCCCAACGAUUGGUCGAUGUCCCCACUUCCCGCGGUGUAGCGUAUAAGCGAGUAAUGCGGGUGCCUCUAUGUAUUGUGUUCUGUUAUUGCCACUCUUUAUGUGUCACUGUAGUGUAUGUGAGACACAUGUGUCGUAUUACGUAACGUAACAAAUAUUUUUAUUAUUUAAAAUAAAUGAAAUCGCUUGAAAUCUGAAAAUGAAGAUACACAAUUGAAAAAAAAACUUAAUAGUAAAGAGUGGAUAAUAAUAUCUACACAAAAUCGGAUGUCCUUAACUUGAUUUGACUUUACCAUUCCUUUGUUUAUUAUUCCAAUUUAGUAAAUACUUUUUGUUUAUUGACGGACAACGUAUCAUUCGUUCAUUCAUUUUCGAGUGCUAAUGUCACCGCACAAUUAAAGUAGUGUUUGAAGAGUAAACCAACGCCUUAACUAGACAACAUUACAUUACAUUUAUUUGACUGUUGAGUUUCGUAAUAUUCAUUAUUACAGUAUUGUCUAAUUAUCUACAGUUGUGUGUUGACACAUUUCCAUCUAAUAGUAUUCAAACUGAUACAUUUAAAAUGUUAUAUUUUGAAUGAACGAAUGAAGAUAACCAACCAUUCGCAAAGCAAUGGAGAUGUCAUUAAUUGUAUUGAAAGACUUAGUUAAUUUAUUUAUUAGGAAUACCUUUAAGGAAUGUUCUGUAUAUUUGAGGUUCAAGUCUUCCUUUAGUCUUGUUUUGUAUCAAUUGGGGACAAUCCUUUGAGAAGAGUGCGUAGCAUCUCUUUUUCGUAUUUAUAUUUAGAAAGAGAUGGAGAAUUUUAUUGAAGAAUCUAGAUAUCUCGACAAUACGAAAGUAUGAUUCUAUCUUUUCUAGAUUCGUGGAUGAUGGUAAAAGCACCCAUAUUUAGUCUAUUUUUGCAUGUGACGAGCUCUGGAAAUUUUAUCUGUAGGUAGGAAAUAAUAAAUACACUAGAUUUUAUCUCAUUGUAACUAACAUACCCACAAUGUCACGAAAAUGUAUUUUUGUAGUUUUUUCUUAGGUCUGAACAUAUUGUUGUGCUGUUUUAGUAAACUAUAGAGCCAAGCUUUAUGAUUGCUGAUGUUUUUGAUAGAUUUUUCAUACACCUAUAUUCUUACAUACAAUCUAAGUAAAUACUUUUCUCACUGCUUAAUUAAUGAUCACUUAUAAUUGAAAGUUUCAUUACUUUAAUCUUCAUUCUUCGAUUUAUUUGCGUAUCAACAUUCAUUUGCUCUCAUAAAAAUGGCCGACACUAGCAUGUUUGAUUUUUGUGUUACGGUUGUGAUUUUUGUUUAAGUUUACACUAAUAUGCACGAUUUGAAGUUCCAAGUGACAAUACAGAUCUUGACUAUUUAAAAUAAAAAUAUAAUAUAAAAAUACUAUUUUACGCAUCGCUAAUAGACGACAGCGGCGGUUGUCUUUUGUCAUGCAAUAAAAAAUACUAUUUCUCAAUGUUUGCUAAUAAGUCCGAUAUUAUAAAAAAAAAUCUUCAUACUUUAUUAGAAUAUGUACUUACUCUACUUUUGAACAAUUAAUAUUUUAUAUAUUUCUAUAAUUAUUACUUGUAAUGUAGCUGAGUAAUGGUACAAAAUGUCGUUAUUGGAUUGUUAGACGAGAUUUUUUUGUUGUGGCAUUUGCAAAGGAAAAACAUACUCAUUUGGGCGCUAAUUAAUUCCUACAAAUGUAUGAGAAACUGCCGACCGGUAACUAGAACUUAUUAAUAUGAAUCUUUUGAAUGGUUUAAACAGUUGCUGGUUUUUUGUCUAUUAAAUGUUAAGGCAGAAAACUCUUGUCUAAUAAAACAGAUGUAGUUGAUUUCAUUAAUUCAGUAUUGUCUAAUUAGUUGUGUUCAAAUUUACAAAUAUUUAUUUAACAAAUGGCUUAUAAAGAUAAAUGGCCUUGUAGAUAGUUAAAGAUAUCGAAUUUAAGAAAAUUAUAGCGAGUUAAUACAUUCUUAGAUAUAUUUUGUCAAUGAUAUCAAAUACUAAAAUGUAGAAACAAUUUUCAUAAUGUCAUGUGAUCACCAGAUUGAUAUUUUAGUAUUUAUUGAUUGAAUAUUAGUUUGUGAAGUUUAAUGCUUUAGUACAAAAUUCACUUGGCACAUUUAUUUAUUACAUUAACAGUUAGGUUUAAUAACACUGGGAAGCGAAGUUUUUUGGACCACAGCUGGUAUUGUUACAUUUUUAUUAAAAGCUUAAUUAAUUUUAUUAGACAACAAUCAAUUAGAUCUAAAUAGGAUAUAUAAGUAUCCCAAAGUCUUAUGGUGUAUUAACACCGACUUGCAAUAUAAUUAGUAUAUAAGAAUAUGCAUUUUUUUGUCUCGAAACUGAUCUUUUAAUUACUAGCUAUACUUUUUGUUUUUCUUUUAUUGUUGCCUCUUAUUUAGAAAAGCAUUCUUUUUAUUGCAUAAUACAUAUUUAUAGUUGUAGGAACAUAGUUUUAAGAAGUUGCUGGUUGAUCCUCUGUCAUAAAAAUUAAUUGUUAAAAAAAUAUUGGCGUUGAAAUGUAGUUAUUAAAUUAAUUACUUUAUGUAUGAUUGCCUUCACUAAUAGAGGUCUAUUUAUGUAAUAUCUAAAGGUAUAUGGUGCUGGUAGAAGUUAACCAGCUAACAAUUACUUUUGUUAAGAAGAAUAAAAUGGAAUGUUUUACA